UCCUUCGCCAGCCACAGCGCCGGGCGCAGCUGACCUCAUGCCCUUCAUGCGGCCGGGCCCCGGCGCUCUCGAAGCACAGGCACGCUGUGGAAAAGCGGCAUGGCCACGCGCUCGGCCGGCGCGCUUCCGAUGCGGCCACUUGCUGAUCGCUCCUUGGCACAUCGGGAACCUCAUAUGUCAGCUGGACAGGGCCAAGCCACGGUGCUCAGCGUCUGCCGCCGGCUGGCCGAGCAUCGCAGGGCCCUGGCUGGCCAGCGCAUGGCUCCGGCAUUUCGAGGGGUCGCGAGCCUCCAUCGGGCGCGUGUAGCGAGGUGGAGGUGGGACGAGGUGCCCGCCCGGAGGCCGAAGCUGCCAGAAAGCUCUCGAGCUCCUCUCCCUCCCUCUGCUGCUGCUCUUAGACAUGUCCGCCGCUUCGAAGGCUUGGCACGUCGACCGAGCGCCGACAGCGACACCCGAGGAUCCAGAAGCAGCACGCAGCACGCAGAGAGCAGCCGGCAGCGUGCUUUGCGGCAUGCAGAGGCCACCACGUGGAUGGACCACGCGGUCGCUCCUCCUCAUGCGACGGGACGCUCCACGUGGCCUUCCCCACACUCUGACUCUGCACGCUGCAGCUGGGGUCACAGAUGCAGGCGCAGCUGCAACGCACAGCAUGCAGAUCCGGCUGCUUCUCUGAGGUGUGCGCUUGAGCACGCCUGUUGAGCUGCGUCGCUGCUGCAUGGUCCCGCAAAGAUGCGCACCGCCCGCGCGCCUCGAGGCGCGUCAGUUCGGUGCCGUCGUGCUUCGCUCUCGACCACCACAAGCCGCAACA